AUGAUGCCAAAGGAAGGCGGAUUAAAUGAACAUCCAAGCAGUCACUGGAGUCCCCAGCUGAGUUACUUUGAGUACCGAAGGUUACUGAGGAAUCUUACGGCCCUGUGGAUCCGAGCUACCUAUGGAGACUACAGCACUGGGUACAUAGACAACGUGGCCCUGAUUUCAGCCCGCCCCAUCUCGGGAGCCCCAGCGCCCUGGGUUGAGCAAUGUGUGUGCCCUGUUGGGUACAAGGGGCAGUUCUGCCAGGAUUGUGCUUCUGGCUACAAAAGAGAUUCAGCCAGACUGGGACCUUUUGGCACCUGUGUUCCAUGUAACUGCCAAGGGGGAGGGACCUGCGAUCCUGAUACAGGAGAUUGUUACUCAGGGGAUGAAAACCCUGACAUCCAGUGUGCCGACUGCCCCAUUGGUUUCUACAAUGACCCCCGCGACCCCCGCAGCUGCAAGCCAUGCCCCUGUCGCAAUGGGUUCAGCUGCUCCGUGAUGCCUGAGACAGAGGACGUGGUGUGCAAUAACUGCCCCCUCGGGGUCACUGGUGCCCGCUGCGAGCUCUGUGCCGAUGGCUACUUUGGGGACCCCUUUGGGGAGCGGGGCCCAGUGAGGCCUUGUCAGCCCUGUCAGUGCAACAACAACGUGGACCCAAGAGUCACCGGGAACUGUGACCGUCUGACAGGCAGAUGUCUCAAGUGCAUCCACAACACAGCCGGUGUCCACUGUGACCAGUGCAAAGCAGGCUACUUUGGGGACCCCUUGGCUCCCAAUCCAGGGGACAAGUGUCGAGCUUGCAACUGUAACCCAGCGGGCUCCGAGCCUGUGGAGUGUCGGAGUGAUGGCAGCUGCAUUUGCAAGCCCGGGUUUGAUGGCCUCAACUGUGAGCACGCAGCAUUAACCAGCUGUCCAGCUUGCUAUGAUCAAGUGAAGACUCAGAUGGGUCCGUUUGUGCAGCAGCUCCGGAGCCUGGAGGCUCUGCUUUCAAAGGCUCAGGAAGGUGGCGGAGGGGCACCCAACGCAGAGCUGGAAGGCAGGAUGCAGCAGGCUGAGCAGGCCCUGCAGGACAUCCUGAGAGAAGCCCAGAUCUCAGAAGGUGCAAUGAGAUCACUUAAUCUCCAGUUGGCCAAGGCAAAGAGCCAAGAGAAUAGCUACCGGAACCGCCUGGAUGACCUCAAGUUGGCGGUGGAGAGAAUUCAGGCCCUGGGUGGUCAGUAUCAGAACCGAGUUCAGGAUGCUCGCAGGCUCGUGACUCAGAUGCGCCUGAGCCUGGAGGAAAGCCAGUCUUCCCUACGGAACACGAACAUCCCUCCCUCGGAGCACUACGUGGGGCCAAAUAGCUUUAAAAGUCUGGCUCAGGAGGCCGUGAGAUUGGCAGACAGCCAUGUUGAGUCAGCCGGCAGCAUGGGGCAACUGGCAAGGGAGACGGAAGGUUUUUCCAAACAAGCCCUGUCAUUGGCGCACAAGGUUCUGCGGGAAGGAGGCGGAAGCAGCAGCUUGGACGGCUCUGUGGUGCAAGGGCUUGUGGGAAAAUUGGAGAAAGCCAAGUCUCUAGCCCAGCAGCUGUCCAGGGAAGCCACUCAAUCUGACAUUGAAGCAGAUAAGUCUUAUCAGCACAGUCUGCGCCUUCUCCAUUCGGUGUCUCAGUUUCAGGGAGUGAAUGAUCAGUCUUUGCAGGUAGAAGCAAAGAGGAUCAAACAAAAAGCUGAUUCUCUCUCAAGCCUGGUGACUAAACAUAUGGAUGAGUUCAAACGCACGCAAAGCAACCUGGGAAACUGGGAAGAGAAAACCCGGCAGCUCUUACAGAAUGGAAAGGAUGGGAUACAGAAAUCAGGUCAAUUGCUUUCCCGUGCCAACCUUGCUAAAAGCAGAGCUCAAGAAGCACUAAGUAUGGGCAAUGCCACUUUUUAUGAAGUUGAGAACAUCUUAAAGAACCUCAGAGAGUUUGACCUGCAGGUUGAAGACAGAAAAGCAGAAGCUGAAGAGGCCAUGAAGAGACUCUCCUCCAUCACCCAGAAGGUGGCAGAUGCCAGUGACAAGACCAGGCAAGCAGAGGCGGCCCUGGGCGGAGCUUCUGCUGACGCCCAGGGGGCAAAAAAUGCUGCCAGGGAGGCCCUGGAGAUCACCGGCAAGAUAGAACAGGAGAUCGGGAGCCUGAACUUGGAAGCCAAUGUGACAGCAGAUGGAGCCUUGGCCAUGGAGAAGGGACUGGCCGGUCUGAAGAGUGAGAUGAGGGAAGUGGAAGGAGAACUGGCAAGGAAGGAGCAGGCGUUUGACACAGAUGAGGACGCGGUGCAGAUGGUAAUUACGGAAGCCCAAAGAGUUGACAACAGAGCAAAGAAUGCUGGAGUUACGAUCCAAGACACACUCAAUGCAUUGGACAGCAUCCUGCACCUAAUAGGCCAGCCUGGCAGUGUGGACGAAGAGGGGCUUGUCUUACUGGAGCAGAAGCUUUCCCGAGCGAAGACCCAGAUCAACAGCCAGCUGCGGCCCUUGAUGUCAGAGCUGGAAGAGAGGGCACGUCAGCAGAAGGGCCACCUCCAUAUGCUGGAGAUGAACAUAGAUGGGAUCCUGGCUGAUGUAAAGAACUUGGAGAACAUCAGGGACAACCUGCCCCCAGGUUGCUACAACACCCAGGCUCUGGAGCAACACUGAAACUGCCAUGAAGAUUUGCUCAACUGGGGAUCUUGGGAUACAGGCCUCAGGGCUCAGGAGCCAUCUCAUGUGGGGGAGGGGGGCCGGGGACAUUGGAACAUGUUGAAUAGGUCAGCUGAACCUGAUCCCAUCCCUGAGACCUUGGCCAGAGAAAUGUCUUAAUGCACCAAUGUGAUACCAUUUGCUUCCUGAUGCUGGGCAAUGAGGCAAAUAGCAUUGAGUAUGACAGAUCAAGGGUCUGGACCCCAAAGGGUAGGCUGGAUGGAAGGACAAACUGUACAGGCAGAUGUUUGCCUCAUAAUAGUCAUAAACCGAGUCCUGGAGUAUGGACAAAGGCUGCUGCGUUAGACUCAGCUCAUUCUUUGCAUAAUGUGACCAAAGGACAAAUUCUUUUGACUGUGCUCACGCAUAAAAUUCUUCCUAAUGUCAGGACAGAAAGUGAAGUCCCAUCGUUACUAUGGCCAGUGAAAUACUUUUGCCUCAUAGCGUCCAGUGCUCUUGUUGAUCAGAGUUCCUUCCACUGACCAUCCGGUACAUAAGCACCUACUCCAUUUUCAAGCGGGAAGAAGUGAGCAGUGAUGGACUGAGGGGCUGUGAGGCUGGCCCAUUUGGAGCAAUGGUGCCUGCUGGUUCCCUGCUGGUUCCCUGCUGCCAUCGAGUUCUUCUGGGCCUGGGAAUUACAUCCUUUCCCCUGAUGGUUCCCCGGCCUCAUCCUAAGAGCCUCUCCUACCAGCAAAGCACACAUUGGGAAGGUGUUUACUUUGGGGUUUCAAAGUGGUAGAAAAAUGUAGUUUGGGCAUUGACAGAAGUACAAUUAUCUAGCAGAUUUAUGAGUCUGAAUUCAAUCCCACUUUUCGAACAUUAAAAAUUCUAUCACCUAUGUGUUUUAUCUCAUUCUCUCCCUAAAGCAGACAAUGUUCUUACCCACACUUGAGCUUGUUAUAAUCCAUCCUUCCAUUCAUCCAUCCUUCCAUCCACCCAUCCUUUCAACACAUAUUUAUUGAGUACCUACUGUGUGCCAGGGGCUGGGGUACAGUGGUGACAUAGUCUCUGCCCUCAUAGAGUUGAUCGUCUGGUGAGGAAGACAAACAUUACAAAAAUAAAUUUAAACUUACAAAUCUUGUUUAUCCCAAGUGGUGUUUAUUGCAAUAAACCCUUGGUUUGCAACCUCUUUUCUCAACAGAAAAUGUUGCAAGAUGCUCCCAUGGGGACACUCGGGUUUUGGCAAAGCUGAGAUGGCUCUGGUGCACAUAUCCUUGCAUUCCAGCUGUCACUCGGCUCCUUUCCACAACUAAUUGCAACAGACUGAGUCAUGAUAACACCCGUGGGAAUUGCUGGAAACCCCAGAGUUACUUCCACCUCAGCUAGGAAGACGUGUACUGCCUAACCUCUGUAUUUCCUUGGCUUUUCAUGGACGUGUAUUAAAUAAAGAACAACUCUUAGAUGCCUGUGGUCAGUUUCUAAUUUAUUAAACUCUAAGCUUAAAUGGGGGUACCAAAGCAAAGGUAACUAAAAUGCCACAGAAAGAGCAAUGAGUCCUAGAGUUAGCAUCCUUCAUUUCUUUUUUUGAGCAUCUCGUUUGGCCCUUUCUAACCAUGAGGGCACUUUAUGAGAUUUAACUGGUGCCAUACCCUAAGCAUGAAGCAAGAUUUAUUUCUGGAAAAAACCUGAGCAGCCUAGGGGUUAUAUGAAUAUUUUUUUUGGUCAGUUUUUCAUCAGCUAUAAAAUAAAGGUAAAAUCAAUAGUCUGUGGCACAUUGUCCAUGCCUCUUAAUAAAUUAAAAUUUAGUAAAUUAAGAUCCUGAACUGGCUAUCUACCUAAGUGGCCGAGGAAAGGAUUCGACCUCUGUCCGCAUUGACCCCCCCAAAUCCUGACAGGUCUGAUCACUUUGCUUUACCUUCUGUGGAAGUGAAUUUGUAAUCCUCUUGACAUACUCAAUCACAUAUUCCACAAAUCUCUUGCUGUAAUUAACAACCAUGCCCAGAAAAUUUUGUGUAUUGAUUUGAUUAACUAGCAUAUCAUGUAGAUCUAAAAAUGUGCAUAACGCAAACACAAUAGACUGUUUUUUCUUGCUCCCAUACCAUGCUAGAUGGGGAGAAAGCUGACAGGGUGGCCUUCCACGUAGUCAUUCAGGUGGCCCUGCCGUUUACAACAUGGGACUUUUAAGGUUACCCUGGCAAUCAUCUCAAUUCCAGGGGGUGGAGAGGGAUAAAGACAUGGAAUAGGAAGAUAUAGGGAAGGUUUCUGUGGGCCAGGCCUGAGAGGGGCUGUACAUCCUUCUCUCUCAUAUUUCAUGGUCUAAAACCCAGUAUUAUGACCACAUCUAACUUGCAAGGGGUCUGGGAAGUGUAGUCACUUGGUAGGAAGCCACUUCUCAGUGACAACUCUACACUAUGAAAGGGGAGAAUGCAUCAUUAGUGCUUGGCUAUCUGUGUCCGCUGAGUAUAGGGUUAGGCUGUACAUAGUCUAGGGAACUUAGUGAGGGACCCCAUUACUUAAUAACCAAGGUACAUGCAAUCGUAAAAGGACUCCUCAAUGGGAUAGAUGGUUAAAUUUAUAGACUGUUUUCCCUGACGAAUGGGAGAUGAUCUCUGAGAAGACAUGGAGACUGGGAAAGUGACUCAUGUGACUCCCUUGAUAUAGAAAUGAUUCCUUCAUUUCUGAGGUUCUGACAAGUUGUCCCUAAAAAGAGAAAGAGGCAUGUGACUUAAUGAUAGCCUGUCCAGGACUUAGCCUCUGUUACCAGUCUUGACUUGACCGUGCCACAUUAAGGGAGCUUUCCUUCUGAUUUCUCAUCAGGAUUUAUAAUUUGUAGUGAAAACUUUCUUACACUCCUCCUCUGAGAGUUUUCUGAUUAACUGUGCCACUGGUAGGCGAUUACACAUAUCAUCGUCCACUUUGACUCAUGGGGAUUUCUCUCUGGAGACAGGGGGUAGAAAUGAAACUGCCCAUCAACUAUAGUUUCUUAACAGAUGUAUUUCUGAUCUUUUUCCAGGAUGUGGUUUCCUUUCAGUGCUCUUGGGAGGCUGGAGAAAAGGGUAAGAAGAUACUCAGUAAUGUCCAAUGUUUGGAACAAGUCUCAAGGACCAGUGCGAUGUGUUUAUCGUGUCUUCUUUUAAUGUUUUGCACAGUCAUGGGAAUGUUAUGGAUUCUUGCUGUGGUUCAGUUUUCCUACCUGGAAAGCAGAGACUAGAUAUUUUUCUUUGCUUUCUUUAUGUUGUGGGCUGCACAGAACUUCCUAGGAAAUUCCAAGACCUGAAGCUUACUUAUGGGUCGUAAGAGAAGAACUGUGUAUGUCCGUGUAUGUUCAUUCAUAUGUAGUAUAUAUAUUUUAUAAGUUAGUGAAAGUUAGCAUAUUAAACCAGUGUUUAUACCUUAUUUUAAACAAGGCCUCAUCAUUAUGUAAUGUCAGGACAGAGAAAAAAAAUGUGUUUAGCUUUUUGACCAAAAUAGCAAACAUAAGUACAAGUCAUCAAUUUACAAGGCAUAUCAAGCAUCAUGAACCUGUGCCCCCAAACCCACAUGGAUAUACACGAAGCCAACUAAUCUCAAUCUUAAACAAACAAACAAAAAUACUAAGAACUAAAAUGAUUUUUUUUUAAAAAACCACAUCUACCAAGUAGUUAAGCCUUAAAUGAGCUGGCCUCAGGAAAUUGCUAUGUCACCUUCUGAAUCACGACUGAUAUUAGCUAAUGACAAUCACCAUUU